UGGCGUAAUGAAUAUGCCAAUGGGCUUUGGUCUGGGCUCAGAAAGGAUGCAGCUGGAAAUUCCAGUGUAUAUGCCAUCCGCCAAUACACCUUUAAACUGGUCUACUACUAUGGCGGUUAGUGGGGCGAGUCGUCUUUCCCAAACCGGGGACGUGGCUGUCUCGGGAGUGGUUCUGUCAGCUAUGCCUUUUUCCAACACGCCAGUGUCGGCCCGCCCCACACCAAAUGCGGACACCCGUGGCUGCGAGAAUGGUGACUUGAUGGACUCUUUUGGCAUCUUCCUGCAAGGCCUUCUAGCGAUGGUGGCCUUCAGUACGCUGAUGUUGAAGCGCUUCAGGGAGCCCAAGCAUGAGAGAAGGCCCUGGAGGAUCUGGUUCCUGGACACCUCCAAACAGGCCAUCGGUAUGCUAUUCAUUCACUUUGCCAACGUCUACCUGUCUGACCUCACAGAGGAGGACCCUUGCUCACUUUACCUCAUUAACUUCCUCCUGGAUGCGUCUCUUGGAAUGCUGCUGAUCUAUGCCGGGGUGAGGGCCAUCAGUGCUAUCGUAGAGUGGAGGCAGUGGGAUGCUCUACGCUUCGGAGAAUAUGGAGAACCAGUGCAGUGUACUGCAUGGGCAGGCCAGUGUGCUCUCUACAUCCUUAUCAUGAUGUUUGAGAAGGUCCUGGUCAUCCUGGUCCUACUCAUCCCCCAGUGGAAGAAGCUGGCUCUCCUGAACCCCAUAAACAACCCUCAGUUGGAGCUGGCCAUCGUCAUGCUCAUCGUCCCGUUCUUCGUUAAUGCCCUGAUGUUUUGGGUGGUAGAUAACUUCCUGAUGAAGAAGGGACGGACAAAAGCCAAGCUGGAGGAGCGGGAGGUGGGGGAGGACUUGCGGGGCAACAGUAAGGUACGCUACAGGCGGGCACUCUCCCACGACGACUCAGAGUCUGAGAUCCUGUUCUCGGCUGACGAUGAGAUGGAUGACUCGGAGGAAGAGGAUGUGCGCCGACUCACUGGCCUCAAGACGGUCAAGAAGAAGAAGAAGCACCGUAUGGGGAUCACUGUUUGAUCUGGGCCUACCCAGUCUGACCUGGUCUGACCCACUCCUGUGUCUACUCACAUCCCCACUCUCUCCUCCUCCAGGGCCUGCUGCCCUGACUGGAGCCUGCUGGCAACCUGUACUUGAUUCUUCUAACAGCAGGCUGGCAUUGGUCUCUUUGUGGAGUCCGUAGGGGGCCUAUAUAGGGAGGUGGGAUCAUGGAAGACUGCAGACCAUGGAGCCUAUUGGACUGCCUUUACUACACAUCCACAUGGGACUCCUGCAGCCUCUGCACUGAGAAUAGAAACCAAUGGAAAGGAUUUUACUGCAGCUAAAUACAUACCAUGUCUAAAGGAGAUUUCACCAUAGAUCUGUCACUGGUGUUUCAGUGACACUCGUUGGGGAAAUUAAUCUUUGUGUUUUGGGAACUUUUAGUACUGGUCUGUAAUAGGAAGGUUUGGGUGUUUGAGUUGGUGAUGCAGUGUAAUUGCUAGCACCCUAAAUAUCCUAUUAAAUGACUAUUCUAAUUCCUAAUUCUUUUCCAUACUGACUCUUCAGAAGUCCAGAAUGAUAUUACUGCAUCAGGUUAAACUGUGAAUGGGUGUUACUUUUUCUGUGGUUUAGCCGGUGACCAGUGUUCGAUGUAGACGGAGAGAACAGGCACCUGGUACCCCCCCCACCUCUGUCAUUUUAACGUUUUAAUACUUUUGAUACUCUUCCGAAUCAGAAAGUGAUUGUAUUCCUCAUCUAGAUUCCAUAUAAGAAAUGGCUCACUGCUAUGGCCUGUUAUAGGAGUUGGUGGAGGAGUGUGUGUGUCUGUGUGGACUUUUCCAUUCAUGCAUGGCUAAGGGAAUGUAGGUGUGGCUUGAUGCUCCAAUGGAGUCAUUGCUCUGUGAAGAUGCAGUGUUUUAUAAUAACCACAGCACUCACGUUUCUAACUGUUUCCACUUCUACCUGACUGUAGAGGGAGGACGGGUCAAGACGGUGCAGCUUGGGCAUGUGUCUCCACAAUGAAUCACCCAACCCAGACCCAAGGGACUGAAACCCUCAUUUCAAGCCCACCCAUUGACCGUUUAUGUGUAUAGGCCUGGCUCGGAGCCUUCUCUUCCUGUCUCUGUGUAUGACCGUUUAGGUGUAUAGGCCUGGCUCGGAGCCUUCUCUUCCUGUCUCUGUCUAUGACCGUUUAGGUGUAUAGGCCUGGCUCGGAGCCUUCUCUUCCUGUCUCUGUGUAUGACCGUUAACUGGGAUCUCUUCCAUUACUUAUUUAUUGUUUUAGGUGUGUCCUUUUUAUUUUUUACAGUAAGUUAUUUUGGGCCAAAACCAUGAUGAUCCCCAGCCUACUAAGUGUUUUUCAUUCCGAGACGGAGUAGAUAUGGGACCUGAGGGUGUGUCCUCACAACCAGCGGGAAAAAAACUCUCCGCUCUUGCACAAUUCCCAGUUAUCACUGGUCUAUGGAUGUUCUUUGUGUUCAUGCUUUGUUUUUGACAAUGUGCCUAUGUGAACUUACCGUGUUUGUGAGUGUUAAUUUUGUGCCCCAGAGCUUUAGACUUGCAGUAGCAUUCAGUUGGUUUGACAGAAGCACAGACCUAGAGUUUGUGUGACUCUAGGUCAGCCUGCAGUACAGUGCAGGUAUGUUUGUAUGAGUGUGUUUGUCUUAAUCCUCCUGUUCAAAGUAAGGAGUGGGGAUAAAGUAAAUGUGAUGAUGACCAUGGUGCUGAAGAUGUUGAACGGGUUGACAAUGAUUGUUGUUGGCUGAUACUUAGGAAUAAAUGACAGUAGGGUUUGGUAAAUGGGUGGUACAGCAUCAUUAAACACUUCUGGUUGCCCUCUGCUCAACAGAGAGGGCUUUUAGUAUUUUGAAAAAAACAACUAGAUCAUUAAAAUGACUGAAAUGAAGGACUUACAUUACCAUUAUAUUUGCUUUUGCAAUAAAGUUAGUAAAA